ACUAAUCUACCAGUUACCAGGUUAAUAAACCUGGGGGAAGGAUUCGCACGCAGCCCGCAAGGAAACGUCUUCCACCCCGCGAAAGACGCCUCGAAAGACCUCCGAGGAGCACUCCUUCAAUCAGAACCGUUUUGCAGAGAAAAUGUUUCCAAACUUGGGUUCCGAAUACGACUCUUCUUCCCGCUGCAGUAGCGCAUCUCCUGCCGGGGACCCCCUCACCUACUACCAGCAGUCACCAGCUGACUCCAGCGUCUCUUCAUCUCCAGCGCAGAAGGAGCAGGAAUUCUGCACAGACAUGGAGAUCUCUGGCACAUCCUUCGUUCCCACCGUGACAGCGAUUUCCACCACCCCGGAUUUGCAGUGGAUGGUCCAACCGACUAUGAUCACGUCUGUCUCCCCUUCCCUGGGUAGAGCUCAAACCUUUAAAACGCACAGCUCUGUCCAGCCCACUUCCAAAGCAGGCGGAAGUAAGGCGUCAACCACUGGCAGAAAGGGGAAGACUGAGCCGCUUUCCCCAGAGGAAGAGGAGAAGAAGAGAAUCAGGAGAGAGAGGAAUAAAAUGGCUGCAGCCAAGUGCCGCAACCGGAGGAGGGAACUGACAGAUACCCUUCAAGCCGAGACCGAUAAGCUUGAAGAAGACAAGGCAGCGCUGCAGACCGAAAUAUCCAACCUUCUGAAGGAGAAGGAGAAGCUGGAGCUCAUUCUGGCUACCCACAAACCGGUCUGCAAAAUUGCAGAAGACCUGGACUGCAUCUUCCAGGAGCCCAUUGGCUCUCCGCAGCUGCUCUGUACACUGGGGAGUGGAAAGCUCCAGGAGGACAGUGCACCGGAGGCGCCGACGCUCCCAGACACUGAAGCCCCCAGUUUCCCCAACGCGGUUAUCUCAGGGAACUCCAACAUCUUGCUGUGCUCCAGUGCUGAGGUGAACAUCAGUGACCUGGAGCCCUCUUUUGACAUGAAGGAGGAUGACCUUCUCCCAAGCCUGGAGAAGGCUUCAGUGGAAACGGCUCGGUCUGUGCCGGACAUCGAUCUGAGCAGCUCCCUUGGGGUGACGGACUGGGAGACGCUCUACAAGUCUGUGUCCAAUGACCUGGAAGCCCUGAGCACCCCGGCGGUGGCGUGUACUCCGACCUGCAACAGUUACCUGUCAGCAUUCACGUUUACUUAUCCAGAGUUUGACUUGCUGAGUGAGGCGACAGAUAGCCGUAAAGGGGCAGUGGGCAGCAAAGCUGACUCAGUAGCAGAUAUCCUUAACUCUCCGACACUUUUAGCCUUAUAAUGCACAUGGUAAUAGAGGGCACUUGCCGGACAGCGUAUGAUGACUCCAGAUUGCAGGGUCCGAUGACAUUAAGUAUGUCUGAGAUCAUUGCUGUGAUCCAGGUAUUUGAUCCACUGGUUGCAUUGUUGAAAUGUUUACUAUGACUAAACCCAUAUGAACUUCUUCCAGAUAUGUUUUGAUGUAGCUUAUAAGCAUGACAUUAAUUUCCCUGACUGACAUGUUUACUAUGGUCUAAUAUUAAACGCAUGCAGAAAUAGUGCCACAUAAAAUCAGAAUUACAUUAUCUAUUUGUUUUUAUGGUGCUAGAUCGUUUAAUGUAUUGUAGAGCUAAUAACUGUAUUGUUUUGUGUUUUAAUAGCAAUAGUAUGCUAAUGUCAAAAAUGAAUAUAGUGUGUACAAGUAUACAUACAUGUACUGUAAUUGCAUACCUCGAUUUCAUCAUUCAAACUGUGACUUUUUCAUCAUCCUUCUAGAGUUUUCCAUGAAAACAUCAGGUGUGCUAUAAUUUAUCAAAAUGUAUUUUAUGAUAUAGUUUAUUUUUCUACCUUCAGAGUUUUCACUUGUUCGUCAAAUGCAGGAAAAAGGGGAAAUAAGCAUUGAUUGCUUAACUAUGGAUAGUAUCAUUAAAUAUAUUUAAAAUGUAUAACUUUCAAGUCUUCUAUGUCAGCAUUCAUUCAGUUUCAGCAGUAGAAACUUGUUCUGUUCAAAACAGGAGAAAUAUGCGCGAUUUAAAAGUCCUGUGGACUGUGCCAGUAAUUAAACUU